AUGUCUGAUAAUUUGCUUUCUCUAGCUGGUUGGUAUAUCCUGCCCAAUCUGGUGACAGGAUGGGCCCAAUCAGCCUUCUAUGCUGUCUGGAUACGCGCAGGUGACCCCAAACCUCAACCUGGGACAAGAACAUUUGUGCAGCAUCGCAGACGAAUCAACAUCAUAGUCAUUGUGGCCUAUCUCCUCUACACAAUCUACGAAGCAGACUUUCAACUUCGCAUGGCCGGAAACUUCUAUCAAGACCUGGGUGUAGGAUUGGCAGUCGAUGAACGAGGAAUCAACAGUCGCUUCAGAAGAUUAACCCUUCUCCAUCACCCAGACAAAGUAUCUUCCGACUCCGACCGCAGCACAGCAGAAUCCUACUACGUCCAUCUGAAACUUUGCCGCGACAUCUUGAUCGAUCCAGUCCGCCGCUUCGCCUACGACCGUCUCGGCCCCGAAACCCUCUUCUGGCAAAAAGCAACCACAGUCCCUGAUUUCCUGUCUAUAGGUCUUCGACACAUCUUCAUGUACUACACAGGCACUGCUGGCGUUUUGACUCUACUCGGUUUCUUGGGCUACAUCAAACAAGCCGCCUUGUGGAGAUUUCUCGCUUUGGUUGCGUUGGGCGUGUUUGAAGUGCAUUGCUUGACUAACCCAACUUUUCCUCGUUUGUUGACAAAGGUCGCAAAUCCUGUGUUCGGGGUCAUACCUCAUCAUGGACCUUUCUUGCCUUUUCAGCUUAUUUCAUUACUCAGGAAAUUGGUCUUGACGGCUUUUAUCGCGUUCUCACAGAUCGGACCUUUGAUUUCAAACCGUGAAGCUGCUAAAGUGGCAGAGGAAAAUGAUCAGGUUUCUCAACAGCAGUUGCAGAGAUUGGGGGCGUUGGGCCACGUUUUGGAGAAUGAAGCUAAUAUGCUUAUGGGAUUGGAGAUGACGCCGUUUGCAAACGAUGAGGGUGCGAUGAGGGAGAUGAGGGGAAGGAUGAAGAGGUUCUUGGUAGACAAUACGGUGAGGAGUAAUGCAGAGGUCAGGAAUGCUAUGGGUGAGGCUAUUGCCAGGAGGAGGCAGGGUGUACCGCAUGGUGCUGUGGGUGCUAGGUAG